CCAAAUAUUUUAGCCUGUGCUUUCUUCUUGCCAAAACCGUUUCCUACUUCUAAAGUCCGGGUGGACUCUUUGCCACGCAGACCUGAUACUAUGGCACUGAUGAGAUUGCUAGCAAACCUUCUGAUGCUGCAGCUUUCUUACGUGUCAGCGUAUCAGGAUCGGAUCAUUGGAGGUGCUGAAUGUAACAAAAAUGAACAUCCUUUCCUUGUGCUCUUCUAUGACUCUCUCGGUCCUUUCUGCUCCGGGAUCUUGCUCAAUCAGGAUUGGGUGCUCACUGCUGCACACUGCUACAGGUGAGGGCAUUCCAGAACAAG